GCGAAAAAUCAGGAGAGUACGUAGGAGAAAAAUCUUGGCCAAAUCCCCCAAAUCGAAGCCCAAAAAAAAACAAAUUUCUUCUCUCUUUCGUACGAAACAAGAAACCUUAGAGAAAACAAUGAAUGGCGUCUAUUACAUCUUGAAAGGUCUCUGCAAUAACAAUAAGGUCGAGGAUCUUCUCUAGCCUCUACAUCAAAAAAGCUGAUUGAUUGAUGGCUGAGGAGACCGUACGUUUGCCUAUUUCACCGGAUGUAAACAGAUCAUGGAGAAGGAUCUCUACUGGAAAACUGAGUUUCUUAUACAGUGAAGAGAAAGUUCUUCCUAACUAUCUCAGAUCACCGACUGGUUCUUGUCAUGAUGCCUGCAAAUACGGGAGGAAACAUGAGUCUCAAGACAAGCCAAGAGUUUCUUCAUCACCUCUCCAAAGGGUUGACAGAAGCUAUUCUGGAACUCCAAGCUUUGAUUCACCAGUGAGGAAGAAGGCAUUGAUGACCAAAUCGGUGUUGAGUUCUUCUUUUGGUUCGGGAAUAUGUGAUUUUGGUGGCUCUGAUCACACUAAGAGCGAAGUUGAAAGAUUUUCUAGCAGAGUUUGUGAUGAUGUUAAGAAGAAUGAUGCACGUACAACAUACGAAGAGGUGGUGUUAGCUAAGGGAAAAAAGAAGAAGAAGAAUAAGAUGGUCUUUGUGACUCGCGGAAGAGCUAUAUCAAGAUCUAAAGAGAUGGUUGAACAUAACAGGCGUGUCACUGCUUUGAAGCUGAAAUCUGUUGCACAAACAGCAGCGAUAGCUCUUCGGCGCAGUACUGUGAAGAGAAAGAAGAUGAAUGGUGGAUCUAAAGCUGCAGAACCAAAGAAGGCAGUUGUGCCUUUUAGAGUAUCAGUCAUGUCCUCCAAACGCUGUUCUCGUUGUUGCAAGACAAAGAAAGAGAGUAGUAGCUUGAGAGUUCCUUUAGUGAAAACCAGGAAACAUGUGGAUAAGAAGUGUAAAGACUUGGUUGAAGAGAAAACUCUCUAUGUUAUUAAGAUGGAAACAGGGGAUGAGAUUGUUGAGACUGAUCAGAACCAAAGGUGUGUCAUGGAUUCACCACCUACUGAUGAUCCAAAGAGCCAGGACGAAGCUGAUUGUAUUGAGAGUGAAGCUGAUGAUGAUGAAUCUUCUCAAGAAGAGGAUGACGACGACAAUGAGAAUAUGAUGUCUUUCUCUGAAGCUAACAACAUAACAAGGCAAGGGAAAAGCACAGCUCUCUCAGCAGAAUCCGCUAAAGAGGAAAGACUGAAACAGAGAGUCAAAAGAGGAAAGAUUGUAGAUUUGAGAUCACAAGGCAACAACAGUCCAAGAAAGCUCAAGUUCAAAAGAGGAAGAGUCGUCGCUGGAGCUGACACAAACUCGAAAUCCGGUAGUAGGAGACGCUUAAAGACUAAAGGAACCAACUUGAGCAACGACAAGGAACAACAACAACAACAACAACAGAAACCGACAGUUGUUCUGAAACACCAAGAAACAGAUAAUAAGAGAGACUCAAGAGUGUUGUUGUACAACAAUGUGAUUGAGGAAACAGCUAAUAAGCUUGCGCAGACUCGCAAGAGCAAAGUUAAGGCUUUAGUGGGUGCCUUUGAGUCUGUCAUAUCUCUCCAAGAAAAGACGUCUUCUCCAACAACAUAAAACAUCAAAAGAUGAUAAUAUAUACUAUUCUCAGAACAAUCUCGUCCCAUAUAUAAUAUAAUUCAUAAUUGUUUCAUGGUGUUUAUGCAUGGUAUGUAAAUGUAAACCUAAGAUUCUACAAUUUGUGAGCGUUAUUAUAUCUUAUCAAAACUAAAAGAUGAAAAGGGUAUGUUUU